CGCCCACCACCGGCUGUAGCCGGGUCUAGGCGCAGUUUGCUCCCAGUUCCCUCCCAGUGCUCCCAGUAAGAGCGGUACUGGCAGGGAGAGCGCUCCCAGUUGCUUCUAGGUGCUGUCAGGAUCGUUACCAGUGCUCCCAGUAUCACUUCCCAGUGCCGCGCGGGGCGCAACCGCUUUGCAAUCCCCCAGGGCGGAGCGCGGCUGCUUUUGCGCGUCGGCACCGGGCCGGGCCGGGCUGGGGGAGGAGGAGCGGAAGGAAGAAGAGUAGUGGAAGGAAGAGCAGCAGCAGAACCGAGCGGCUCACUCGCUCGCCCGCUCUAGGCCGCAGCUUCCCCGACUUCCCCGGCAUCACCCCUCCCCCCGGAAGCCGCAGCUGAACUUGGCCCGCAGGAACAUAAACCCAACGCGCUCAACCCUUCUUUUCCCCCAAAAAUGGAUUUCCCAUUCCUAAACCUUGGCCCGAUGGAGGAUGAGGCCGUGAGGAAGAAGAACAUGCCCCCGGAGCCCCAGGCAGACAAGGAGCUGAGGAUGGAGACCAGGGAGGACAAAUCCCUGCAGCAGAACCUUGUGGAAGAGGCUGUUUGGAGCAGCUCCAUUGCACAGGAAACCAGCGAGGAGGAAAAGCCCGGGAGAUCCCACAUGAGGAUGGGCUGCAAACACAGUUCUUGGGUAUCCGAGGAGGAGAACCAGGGCCAAAGAACCGGACAGAGCUGCAGCCAGAGCUCAGAGCUGGGGUUCCAUGAGCAUCUUCAUGAUGCGGAUAAGCCCCACAAGUGUUCAAAUUGUGGGAAGAGCUUCAGCAAGAGAUCCUCCCUGAUCUGGCACUGGAGAAUCCACAUGGGGGAACGGCCCUAUGAGUGUGGGGAGUGUGGAAAGAGCUUCAGUACGAGAUUCAAACUGAUCCGCCACCAGAUGAUCCACACUGGGGAGAGGCCCUAUGAAUGUGACAUACGCAGGAAGAGGUUUCAGACCAGCUCCAAUCUCGUCAUGCAUCAGCGGAUUCACACAGAAGAGAGGCCCUUCCGCUGCCCUGACUGUGGGAAGGGCUUCAAAUACAACUCCCGCCUUGUCUCCCACAGGCGCAUCCACACUGGGGAGAUGCCCUAUGAGUGUGGGCAGUGUGGGAAGUGCUUCAGGACAAGCUCUGAACUGAUUGUCCACCAAAGGAUCCACACAGGGGAACAGCCCUAUGAGUGUGAUAAAUGCAGCAAGAGGUUUCUGACCAGCUCCAGUCUCCUCCUGCACCAGCGCAUUCACAUAGAGGAGAGGCCCUUCUGCUGCCCCGACUACGGGAAGGGCUUCAGGCACAACUCCAACCUCGUCACCCACCGGCGCAUCCACACUGGGGAGAGGCCCUAUGAGUGUUCUGAGUGUGGGAAGAGCUUUUCACAGAGCUCUCACCUGACCAAACACCAAUGGAGGCACCACUAAGGGAAGCCCUGCAAAUCAAGUGCAGGAAGAGCUUCAUGUGCUGCUCCAGCUCCAUUCUCCAUGGCAGGAUCUGUGCUGGAUGAUGCCGAGUGACCCCUGGUGGGCAGAGCCCCGGUGAUCCAUGUUAGGAAGACACCUGGCUGGGCGGCUCUUCAUCCUCCUGGCUUCCCUUGAGCACCUGGACAUAUCCACAGAUCAACAUCAGAAAUCCAUUGUGAAGAGCACGUUUGUCGACUUCUGACCCGAGAAAAAUCUCACUCUUUGCAUCUUCUGGUGGUAUCAAGCAACACUGAAUGGCCUUGGAGGUCUUCUCCAAUAGAAAUCCAUCAUUUUAAUCCUUUCUGGCUCAUGGGCAUCUUCCACAGCCAAAUGGGAACAUAUUGGGGCAAACCCCACAAUUUUGGAGAUGGUGGGGUGGAAACCCCUUCAAAAAGGGUUCUUCCCACCCAGCCAAGCAUGUGGAUGCUUUGCCAGCAGGGACACAUAAAUUCUUUUGUUUUGGCCUUGAAACAAAAAGGUUUCUGUUCAUUCCUUUGAAAGCCCUGUAACUGGGGUGUCCUGGUUUGAAGGACAGGUGUUUGCCAAGGAAAGCAGAAGCUUCCCCUUGGACUGAAAGAAAAUAUGAUUCUUCCGAUUAUUAUAAUUUCGGAAUUAAGAGAGCUCUCAGGCAAAGAUAUGGGGGUAGGAAUAACAGUUCUUUACUAGUAUAUUUAACAAGACAAACAAGAACAA